AUGAGUGGUUUAGGCUAUUCGAAAGGAGGAGAAGGUAAUAAAGAUAAAGAUAAAAUGUCGCCAACAAACAAAAGGCCAUUAAGCUCACCCUCAUCAUCUCAAUCAAAUUUAAAAUCUUUAAAAACAAAUAACAAUAGUAGUAGCAUAAAUAUUAAUAGUAGUAAUAAUAAGAAUAAUAAAAAUGUAAAAAUAGCAGAUGAUGAAAUCGAAGACAUUGAAGAAUGUGACGAUAAUUUCACAUUUAGACCGAAAUCUCAAAGUUUUAUGUCAUCAUCAAAUAAAAAACAAAUCCAUUUACCACUGUCACAGAAUUCAAUAAGGAGUAUAAAUAAUAAUAAUAAUAAUAAUAAUAAUAAUAAUAAUAAUAAUAAUAAUAAUAAUAAUAAUAAUAAUAAUAAUAAUAAUAAUAAUAGUAUUAUUGGAAAUAGUGGUAGAAUUAAGUUUCAACCAUCACCAUCCUCUUCACCAUCUUCUUCAUCAUCAUCAUCAUCCUCAUCCAAAUUUAAUAAACCAUCAUCACCUACAUCUUCUUUUAUUUUGACAUCAGUUUCAACAUCAACAAAUCAAACAGUUAACAUUAUAAAUAAAAUUAAUAGUCUCAAAGAGGAUGAAGAAGAUGAAGAAAAAUUCUUUUGCAUCUAUGCUGACAAAUGUACAGAUAAAUCAGAUAUUCAUUUAAAAGAAUACAAACAUAAUAAAAAUAAUAUACCUAAACAACAGCAAUCAUCAAAUAAUAAAACAUCACCAACUUCAAAUAGAGGAUUAUCACUUCCGAUAAACAAUAAUAAUAAUAAUAGUAAUAAUAACUACAAUAAUAACAAUAGUGUAAUAAACACGAAACAAACAAAAUCACCACCAUCAACACCACAUAUUAAAGAAAAAACAGAUAAAGAGUUGAAAAGAGGACUUAAAGAAAAAAAGGAAAAAGAAGAGGAAGAAAAAAUAAAAAAAGAACAAGAACUAGCAUUAUUAAAAAAGGAUGAAGAGGAAUUAUUAUCAUUCAAUGCAUUAGAUGGGAUUAUUAAACUUACUCCAAUACCUACUUUUCAAACACCACAACCACAAUUACAACAACAACCACAAUCACAACCACAACAACAACCUCAAUCACAACCAUCAAAUUCACCAACAUUAAAAUCAACCUCAAUAUCAACCACUACAUCUACAUCUACAAAUCUAUCGCCACCAUUUAAAAAUAAACUAAAGAAAACCCAACAACAGCACCAAGUUUUAAUAGAAGAUGAUAUUUUUGAUGAUUCAUUUUUUGCAGAUAUUGAUAUUGAUGACACAGGUGACAUCAUUAACAACAAUAACAAUAACAAUAACAAUAACAAUAACAAUAACAAUAACAAUAACAAUAAUAACAUUCCUAGAAGUAACUCAUUUAAUAUAAAAACCUCAAUGAGUAAUAUCAAAAGAAAUAAUACUAAUAGUAAUAUUAAUACCACCACUACAAUCAGUAAUAAUAAUAAUAAUAAUAAUAAUAAUAAUAAUAAUAAUAAUAAUAAUAAUAAUAAUAAUAAUAAUAAUAAUAAUAAUAAUAAUAAUAAUAAUAAUAAUAUUAAUAAUAAUAAUAAUAAAAAUGAUAAUAGUGAAAAUAUUGAUAAUAGUGAUAAAAUGUUUGUUGAUAAACAUUUCCCUAGAUCAGAAUCUGAUCUUGUUGUACAUAAAAAAAGAAUAGAUAUGGUUAAGAUAUGGUUACAAAGUAGAUUUAAAGAACUUUCAACUAAUCAACCAAUUGAACAAAAACUUUUAUUUUUAACAGGACCAACUGGAGUUGGUAAAUCAUCAUUAAUUAGAGUAUUAUCAAAGAGUAUGGAAUUUGAUAUUGAAGAAUGGAUUAAUCCAUCGAUUGUAUUGACUAGGGAUAUGAAUGAUUCAUUAUCAACACCUUAUAGUUCAACAUUGGAAGAAUUUAAGAAAUGGUUAAAAUUUAAUGGUCAAGGAUUCUCAAUCUUUGGUAAUGGUAACAAUAAUAAUAAAAAGAUAUUGUUUGUUGAAGAAUUUCCAAAUGUAACAUUAGAUAAUAGGAUUGAUUUCGUAGAGACAUUUGAAAACUUUUUACAUUCUAGUAGAUACCCAUUGAUUUUCAUUCUGUCUGACACUUUCUCUGGUAAUAGUUCAUUGUAUCAAUUGUUUCCAUCGAGUUUCUUAAAUAAUAAUCCACAAAUUUUACAUAUAAACUUUAAUCCCAUUGCACCAACACAACUAUUAAAAACUUUAGAAAAGAUUACCUAUUUAGAAGGUUACUCUCAUUCAAUCUCUUCAGUUCAAUUAAAAUCAAUCGCUGAUGAAAGUGCCGGUGAUAUUAGAGCUGCAAUUCAUUCUUUAGAAUUUUACUGUGUUGGUAAAAAUCAUAAAUUAAUCAAUAAAUCAACAACAAUACCAAAGAAAAAAAGAAAUAGUGGUGGUAGUGGAGUUAAUAAAAAACAAAAAGAUGAAAUUGAAGAUAUAGGAAAUGAUUCAAAUCUUAAUAUUAAUGGUGGUGGUGGUAGUGGCAGUAGUAGAGGAAUAACAAGAAAUAGAGAUUCAAUAAUAACAUUAUUUCAUUCAGUUGGUAAAAUUUUAUAUAAUAAGAGAAUAUCAGAUUCAAAUCCAUAUAAACCAGAAUCAACAUGGUAUAAACAAAAGUAUCAUAGGCAAUUACCAGAGAAUGUUGUUGAAGAAGUUUUUGAAAAUUCUCAUAUGGAUUUCAAUACUUUCUUACACUUUAUUCAUGAAAACUAUUCAUCAUUUUAUCAAUCAAUUGAUGAAGUAUCCGAUUCAUUGGAUUACCUUUGUGAUAGUGAUGUUUAUGAUUCAAAGAAACUUCAUUCAAACUCAUCAAUGUCUACCUAUAAUGAUAUGUUACCCAAAUCAUCAAUAUCGGUUGCAUUAAGAGGUUUCACCUAUUGUAAAACACAAUCAACUCAAACUAGAUUUUUCCAUUUCAUUAAGCCUAGAAUUAAUGAUUCCUUUUAUAAAUCAACUCAAUAUAAACAACAAAUCGAUAAUUGUAUCUCAAAUAGAAUUCAACUUUCAAAUGGUGGUUAUUCAAAUAUUAACUCUUUCUCUCACAUUCCUCAAUCAAUUUUACAAAAAAAUUCAUUAUUACUUUAUACUUUACCAUUUAUGCGUUUAAUCAAUCAAUUUAAUAUACGUUCAAAUAAUAGGAAUAAUAAUAAUAAUAAUAAUAACAAUAUUAAUAAUAGUAAUAAUGACAUAAUAUCAUCAAUAAUGAAAUUUGAUAACAAACUCUUAAAUGAUUUUUGUUAUUUUAAGUCAAAAUAUGAUUUAAAUCAAUAUACCUUUUCAAAAGAUAAUCAAAUCUCUGAAAAUAAUUUCACCUCAUUGGAUGAAGUGGAUGAAAAUACCGAUUCAAAACAAGAAUUAGAUGAUCAAAUUAAUAAAACUAAUAAUAAUGAUAAUAAUGAUGUUGAUCAAAAUAGUGAAGAUGAUAAUAAAAAUAAUAAUAAUAAUAAUAAUAAUAAUAAUAAUAAUAAUAAUAAUAAUAAUAAUAAUAAUAAUAAUGCACCUAGAUUUAAUUCAAUAUAUGGAAACAAUGAAGUUUUACUAAUUGAUGAUAUUGUAGAUUAA